AGACUUUAAUUUACUUCGCCAAAUAAAAAAGUGUGAAAAUUUGUAACUAGCUAUGAUUUUAUUUGUUAUUUGCAAGUUAUUUUUUGCUGCAAUUUGAGGUGACAUGUAACUGAAUUUUAUAGAGUAUACCUAACUUUCCCUAUAAAUAUAAGCUUAAUUUGCAUCUCUCAUAAAAUUUGGCUGCGAAUUAAUUUACAUAGAUGAGCAUAAUAUAUUCCCAAGGUAAUAAACAUAGUAGCAACCGAAAUUAAAUAGAAUUAACUUGAUUGAAAAUAUAGAUAUUCUUUUUCUAAUUUCUAUCUUUGCAUAAGGGCAAAUAGCAAUAAUUUUCUUUGUAUUAUUUCAACUGUCUAUUCCCUUUUCUAACUAACCCUCACUAUUUUUCAUUUCCUUUUUAAGACCUUCAUUUCCUCUCCUUUCAUCUUCCCACUUCUCCACACAAACAAGAGCGAUAGAGAGAGAGAGAGAGAGAGAGAGAGAGAGAGAGAGAGAGAUUAUGACAAACAGAAGAGAAAGAAGUUCAAGAAUUACAGAAGAUGAGAUCAAUGAUCUCAUCUUGAAGCUGCAUCCAUUGUUGCCAGAUUCAAGUUCAAGGUGUAACACAAAGGUUUCAGCAGCAAAGAUUUUGAAGGAGACAUGCAAUUACCUCAAGAAACUGCACAAAGAGGUGGAUGAUCUAAGUGAGAGACUCUCUCAGCUUCUUGCUUCUGGAAAUGUGGAUGAAGAUACUAUUAGGGCACUCCUCCGACAUUAAAUUUGUAGAGUGUUUGUUUAUAUCUCGUAUUUUCAGAUAUCUUUUCAAAUUAAAUAUGAGAUGUAACACAAAAAUUGAAAUGGAGGAUGCAUAUAUAAGUAACAAUAUUAAUAGGGUUUUGAUGAAGCUAUAGAUAGCAUUAGUUAAUAAUACAUGGA